GUAAAGUGCCCAUUUCAAAAUGGUACAGUGUCACUCGAGAUCGAAACUUGAUAUAUGAUAAUUUUAUUUUGUGUUCUUUUCAGACGUUUUUGCCUUACACAACAUCCAACGACUCCGAGAUACAAUGGCACACUGGGGAUACACAGAGACAAAUGGACCCACCACGUGGAACAAGAAUUUUCCGAUCGCCGAAGGCAGCCGACAGUCUCCGAUCGACAUCGUGCCGUCAAAGGCGGUGUUCGACUCUGACCUCACGGCCAGCGACUCCCUUAGGGUCGACUACACACCGGAAGACGAGGCCCAUCUGCAGAACAACGGGCACAGCGUCAUGUGUCAGAUAACCAAGACCGGGUAUUUAACCGGUGGCCCCCUUGGUAGCCAACAGUUCCGGCUGGAGCAGUUCCACCUGCACUGGGGAGCAGACGACAACCGGGGAUCGGAGCAUACAAUUGACGGGAAGAUGUUCGCAUCCGAGCUCCACCUGGUCCAUUGGAACACGAAGUAUGACAGCUUCUCGGAUGCCGUAACCAAGAGCGACGGACUCGCCGUCCUCGGGAUCAUGAUCAAGCCCGGCCUCACGCAUCUUGGCUUUUCUUCCGUAUCGGACAACUUGAGCAAGAUGAGCAAACCCGGUAGCAAGGCCACAGUGCCCGUCUCUCUUGACCCAACCAGACUGUUGCCAAAUAACAUCAGCGCCUACUGGACGUACGAGGGCUCCCUCACAACCCCGCCCCUUUUGGAAAGUGUACAAUGGAUUGUCUUCAAAGAACCCGUGGAAUUCUCUCACCAACAGCUGACCGCUCUUCGCAGUCUCACUGAUUCCGACGGACAUCACAUGCAGGACAACUACCGACCUCCUGUGCCAACAAAAGGGAGAAAAGUCAGGGCCUCCUUUCAAUGAGACACAGUUCUGCAUUACUUCCCGUACAGUAUUGAACACGUUAACAGUGAUAGAACUUCGAAAACGUGUAGUUUUUUAACGCAGAUUAGACGCUUGGGUUACACAUGAUUGUUUUAUUCAGUUUUUACCACAUUAGGCAUAUUAUGAAACGAAGAGGCAAUACGAAUAACAUGCAACUAUUUGUGCAAUAUUGUAUGUACACUACGCAAAUCGAUCGCCAUAGCAUAUGUUCUGUUACUACUAUCACAAUUUAAUGACAAAUCAGUUUACCCACUGGUAUAUUUAAAUUUAAAAUUUCAUUGAUGAAUGUGUAUCUUCCGGUGGUCUAAUUAUUACACCAUACAUACAUAGAUUUUGAUUUGGAAAUAUUUCAUACAUUCCAUUUAUUACACAUAGCAGGGUGAAUUUUGUUUUCCAAAUUAGAUUAUGUGUCAGUAAUAGAUGGGUUUUUAUGUUCAAGUUGAAUGGGGGCAUCAUUGGUUUAUCAAUUUUCUGUGUUACAUUUGUUAGAUUCAUCGUUUGGAAAAGUAUUAACUCCAGCAUUAUGUAGUUAUGAAUAUUUACAUCUUUACAUUACAUUUACAUAUUAUUAUUAUUAUUAUUGCACAUGUAUAUCUGUAAGUUUUCGUGCGUAAGAAUGUUCAUUUAAACUAUAUCUCUUAAAACACUGAAUGUGGGGACACUGUUAGAAGUUUCAGUUUGACGAAAAUUGGUUAUCGAUUAACGGACGACAUCAUUAAAUAAUGAUCAAUGGUGCAUAUUGUUGAUGCCAUAUCCUCGUUUUUAGCCAAAGUACGGCUUCAAACGGACUGCAUUUAAGAACUAGUUUCCGCCUUUCGGCUUCUGGUAUGUGCAACUUAAAUGUAAGCAGAUAUAUUAUACAUUAAUUCAUACUGGCCUGUUUUGUGCUUAUAUAUAUAUUUGUUACACUUGUCUAUGUUUGUUCCAAAUGUUUAUUUAUCAUUAAGACUACAAUUGUAAAAUAAAAUAAAAUCAAUUCAAGUA